UCCGAUAGAAGAAGAUCUCCGAGAGAUCUUUGAAUUUUUUCGCUGAGCGAUAAGAAGAGAGAACCGGAAGUUGCAAACGUUUGGUUUAUAAAUCGCGUGACGAGUGAUUUUGGAAGUGUCUUCUCGUUCGAAUCUUUCUUUUCUUUUCUUUUCGAGGAACGAGAAGAGGAUUAAUAAUUUUUUUCUUUUUUUUUUUUUUGAAGUCGUGCGGAUAAAGUAAUCGUGAGAUUAGAGGUGGUUAAAGCGGAAGUUGUAAACGAAGUUUCGAUAGUAGCAGCAGUGGUUUGAAAGUCGUCGCGUGGAUCGAGAUGGUGUGCGAUUGCACUGUCUCCGAGAGUUCCACGGAGGUUGGAGAGGAUGCGUCCUUGAAGAGAGCCUUGGAGGAGCUGCUGAAAUGUAUGCUCAGAGUUUGGUGCAGGGAGGGACAGGCCCUUACGAGGCUUGGCGCCGAGACUCAUGAGAGCGACAAGAGAGUGGUGGUGAGACGAGAGGCUGGCGGGGAGUUUGGUUUCCGGAUCCACGGCUCGAAACCGGUGGUCGUUUCCGCGAUUGAGCCCGACACGCCUGCCGAGAGCUCGGGCCUCGAAGUCGGCGACAUUAUAAUGUCGGUGAACGGAAAAAGCGUGAUGGAUGCGACCCAUUCGGAAGUGGUGAGGCUCGCGCACUCUGGAACCGACGUCCUUGAACUCGAAGUGGCGAGGACGUGCAACGUGCUUGCGCCGCGGGUGUCCAGACCCGGCACCAAGGAAGGAAACGACGAGGCGCCGCUUUGUUCCGGAUACCUGUGGAGAAAAUCCGCCACCUCCUCGAACACGGACAAGUGGGUGAGGAGAUGGUUCGCCUUGCGACGUGACAACUGCCUCUACUAUUACAAGACUGACACGGUUGGUACCAGAUAUUAGUUUCGAAUGUUUUCUUCUUCUUCUUCUUCUU